AAAAAGGGUAAUCGAAUGAUGGAUGGCACCAGAAAAAUUAAAUAUGUGUUAUCAAGGAAUCUUUGAAAUUAUACAUUCAAAUUCAAAUUCAAAUUCAUAUUAUAUAAAGAGGACAACAGGUGUGUUCAAAGGGUUUUAAAGGGUCAUUGUGAGAUUCAAAAUUUAGAUUUAGAAACUUUAGUCAAACUUUAAACAAUUCAAAAUAAGUUAACAACCAACAGAUCCAAUAUGAUGAUAAAGGUUAUUCGUAAACCUUUGGUAGCUACCAUUGCGUUAUUUUUUAUAAUAUGUACGGUAUAUUUCAUGACAUCUAGUGAUGGAAGUAUUGAAAAGAGUUUAGGACUGAGUUCUCCUAUGAAUAUGUUAAAGAACAGUAUGCCUAAAUUUAAUAAUUUUGGUGAAUAUAAAGGGGAAGCAGAAAAUGAAACUCCAAAACCUCCACCAAUAUCAAUUCAAGAAGAAAAGAUUGUCAAUCAAGAAGAAGAAUCCAUAGCUGAUUUAACUAAUGAUUAUGGAGAUUCCAAGAAAGAUGAAGAAAAACCUGAUAAAUAUGAAGAAGAUGAUGAAAGUUCAACUGGAACCAAAUCUAAAUUAGGAAAGAUUAGUAAUAACAAAGCAUCAGAUAUUGAUGAUGUAACUAUUGUUAAAACUGAAAAGAAAGAGCAAAUUUCAUUAUCUAAUGAAAUCACUGAAACUCCAUUCAUGCCAAAGAUGGCUAAUGAAACUUUAAAAGCUCAAUUAGGUAAUGCAGCAUGGAAAUUAUUUCAUACUAUUUUAGCAAGAUAUCCUGAUGAUCCAACCAAACAAGAAAGAACUACUUUAAGUCAAUAUAUUCAAUUAUUCGGUCAAGUUUAUCCAUGUGGAGAUUGUGCUCGUCAUUUUCAAAAAUUAUUAAAGAAGUAUCCUCCUCAAACUAAAUCAAGAAAAACAGCUGCUUUAUGGGGUUGUGAUAUUCAUAAUAAAGUUAAUGAAAAAUUAGGUAAGGACAUUUAUGAUUGUACUACUAUACUUGAAGAUUAUGAUUGUGGAUGUGGAGCUGAUGAAUUAGAAGCUGAUAUUACUUUAGGAGGAGAAUCAAUUGAUCAUUUAAAAAAGAUUAAACUUGAUGAAGUUGAAGCUGAUGGUCAAUUAGGAGGUUGAUCGGAAGGACAAUAAUUAUUAUUAAAACAACAAUUUUAAAUCAAAUAAAUGCUAAUGUGAAGGCAUUUCUUACAUUAUAACAUAACUAUGUGUGUAUAUAUAAAUAAAUCUAUAUAAUUUU